CGACGGGACAAUUGGCAAAUUGCAUCGUUCGAACGGCGGGCACUCGGCAGGGAAUAUGAGCGAGUUCGGACGGUGCGAGUGCGACAAAAGGGAAGUGUGCAGUGCGUAAAAAUCGCUUUCGAAAAGGGAAAACUGUGUCGAUUCGACGGAGGAAUGUAGUUAAAUAUCAACCCUAUUCAAUAUUAUGAGCGAGUUGCAGUCGACAAUAGAAUUCUCAGUCGAACUAUUCAAAUUUUACAAUGUCGAUUUAUUUCAAAGGGGAAUGUACCAAGUUCGAUGCGCUCUACGCGUGGCCUCAAAACUAAACGUCGAAAUCGAAGUCACCACACCUGAAGUUACAACGGGAUUGGGCACCGCCAUCGUUUUGGGCAACUACGGAGCAUGUCGCCCAUUCCAAAUACUCUACAGAAACGAAGAGGUCACCCUCAAAGAUGUCGUGUUAUUCAGAUGCCACAUGCUGGUAGACGGUAACAAUUUGAGAGAGUCCUUGGAGCGCGCCGAGUUCUCCUUGGCCUUAGAGCUAUGGUUCAGCGAUACAUCGCCCGUUUCGAUGGUGAUGGUAUCCCAGAGGAUCCUCCAAUUGAACAUGUCGCCGAUUGAUGGCCUACACUAUCAUUUGCCCGUGCUGUUCGAUUACUUUCACCUAUCGGCCGUUUCGCUGACUGUCCAUACAGCGCUGACUGCCUUACAUCAGCCUUCCAUAAAUGCGCCGAAACACUCGAAAUCGUGGAACAAAAUUCGAACGACGCAACGUUCUCCAUUAACUGAUCCCGUCCUACCGACAGUGAGUAGUAAUAAUAAGGUAUAUAGCAGAAUAAAUGAAUCACCGCAGAUGCAUUUAGAGGCUUACAAUGUCUUAAUAGAUUCUAGCAAUAAUCUUAAAGGUACUAUCAAGGAAUACAAGGCGUUGUUGCAGCAACGGGAGGAGUUCGUAUCGGACGAUUACGAUACGCUCGUCGUCAAACAUAACGAAUACGAUAACACUAAACUAAUGAAAAAAAGGCCUUACAAACAAAACUCCGGGCUUGCCGAAGUGUGCGCCGAAAACAUCAAGCUCUGGAACUAUUUUCUACUGACUUUCAGUUGCAAACUGGCUAUCCAGCAGUACCUGAGCAAAAAGCACCACCACUUGAGGGUGCGACGAUUCGCCGAAUUAUUUUUCCUCAUCUACAACCCCCGGAGCUCGGCCUUCGGGUGUCACGAUACGAAUUAUCAAAAUUACCUCGUCAUAGCCGAGGUUGCCAGGAGAUCCAAGUACAUGCAAAUGCUGCCCCCUCUGCCGGUACAUUGCAUUGCCUUAGAUGGCGAAUGCGCCACCAUGCCUGUGAUUUUCGAAGAUCAUUACCAAGAUCCAUUCGAAGCUAAAAAAAGAGCUUGCGAGCUUAGCUUGGCCAUAACGCCCGAGCUGACUGUUUGGAGGAAAACAUCGAAAAUGGAAGUGGACGAAACGAACUGUUCGUGCAGCUUAGGCAAACUGUGGACAUCGAAGAAAGGCUCGGAGAAGACGCUAGAUUUGUACAAUUUAGCGGACACGGCGAGCUUCAGCGUUCCGGCCAGGCACAGCAAAUCACUGGAUCAUCUACAAAUGUGUUCAAUGACGAAUUUCCAUUACAGCCUAAGCAGAGGCUCGACCAGCGCUGGCAUUCAAACCCAAAACAGGGAGAAGGUACUCUUCUGCAAAACCGAACCGAAAUUGAAGAACGUCGCCAGCGAGCACAACAUGAGAAACCGCAAAUACUUUUUAAACGAAGAAAAAGAGAACAUCUGCAAUUGCUCAUUCGGUCACCACUCGAUAAAGCUCCCCAGGAAAUCGCACAUCGACCUCGACGUUCCGGAGAAGAAAUACAAGCAGUUCAACAUUAAAAACCUCACCAACGCCACCAAGUACCAGACGUUGGUCAAAUCGGCCAGCCAAACGCCCAACGACAGCGCCCAGAACAUAUUUCGCUCCAGCUCGGUCCAGUGCUUCUCGCCCAAGGGCAAGAAGCCCAACAGCACUGUUAACAAGUUCAACUCUCUCCUGCUGCAACGCAAUCAAAAACCAAUCAAAACUUUCGACAGCGAAAGCAAGACCAAGAAAACAAAAAGCCGCCUGUCGAACGGCGCCGAUCGCCUCGACGUCCCGUCGACCAGCAGCUCGACUGAUAGUAUAUCAAAAGAAACUUUCAAAACAGGGUUAACGCGCGACGAAAAACCGACCUUAAUUAUUAACGUUAGCGCUAUUAGAAAGGUGAAGAGCUCCUCUUGUCUGAUCGACGAAGCCGCCUCGCGCACCUUAUCAGGCACCGAAUCACUGCCAAAUAUCAUCUCGAAAUUGGAGGAUAGGCUUUAUCCGGAAAUGAAGUACUACAGCAGCUCCACAUCAUCCAGUACCAGCGAGCAAAGCGGGUGGAUUACAUCCAGAAGCAGCUCUAUAGCUUCUAGUAUGGAUAUGGCCAAUGCUCAGCGCAGUUUCCUCGAGUUUGAUAAGAAACUUCCAGCGAACUUGGGAGGAAAGAAAGGCAAAGACAAAAGAAGCGAUUACAAAUCAAACAAAUUUUAUAUUGAUAGCGAUAGUUCCAAUAACGAUUUUAAGCGCGUAAGCAAAAAGGAUGGCGAUUUAUUCUUACUUAAAGGCUGUGAAUACAAUCAAAACAAUAUAUGCGAAGACAUCGCUCUUCCGCCACCCAAACAAUUUAGAGAUUUAGAUUCGCCAUCCAGCUCGGUUGCCAACGGUGUUAACGAGGAAGAAAUUAACGCCGUUGAUAAUCUCCUUUACCACGUGGUCGAUACUCGAACCACGCUAGAAAGAAGGUCCAGUCAAUUCGAUUUAGCUAAAUUGAAUCAACCGGAUAACGAAGAUUACAACUUCCCGAAGACCCUGAACGGCGACUCCCUAAAAACCUUCCUCAAAGCGAAAAAGGAAUUCAAAAGUCAAUUAAACGUCGCCGGCCUGCUGUACUCGGACCUGAACGGUUUCGCCUCGACCAUCCCCUAUUUCCACAUAAGCGACGAGUUCCGGAUAUUCUCGCCGGAGGGCAUGCACCUGGUGGUGUGCGUGCACGGCCUGGACGGCAAUUCGGCCGAUCUGCGGCUGGUCAAGACUUACCUGGAAUUGGGCCUGCCCGGUGCCUACUUGGACUUCCUCAUGUCCGAGAGGAACCAAGGCGACACGUUCAGCGAUUUCGAUACAAUGACCGAUCGGUUAAUCAGCGAAAUUCUUCAAUAUUUAGAUACUAGUAGUAUACGACCAACAAGGAUAAGUUUCGUAGGUCAUUCUUUGGGUAAUAUUAUUAUAAGAUCGGCUCUGACGAGGCCUCAGAUGAAAUUUCUUCUACCAAGACUGCAUACUUUCUUAUCACUUUCUGGACCACAUUUAGGAACAUUGUACAACAGUAGUGGAUUAGUUAAUAUGGGAAUGUGGUUUAUGCAAAAGUGGAAAAAAUCCGGUUCGCUGCUCCAGCUGUGCCUGAAGGACUCGGUGGACCCACGGCACACUUUUCUCUAUCGUUUGAGCCAAAGGAGCACCUUGCACCAUUUUAAAAACAUACUUCUAUGCGGCUCGGGUCAAGAUAGGUACGUUCCGCUGCAUUCUGCCAGGAUCGAGCUGUGCAAGGAAUCGCUGAAGGACACCUCCGACCAGGGCACGAUCUUCAGGGAGAUGGUCCACAACAUAAUAUCCCCGAUCAUCGCCCAGAAGGAGGUGAAACUCGUGCGGUACGACAUCCACCACGCCUUGCCCAACACGGCCAACGCCCUGAUCGGCAGGGCGGCGCACAUCGCAGUCUUAGACUCGGAGCUCUUCAUCGAGAAAUUCAUGGUCGUCGUCGGCAUAAAAUAUUUCCGUUAGGUCUAUCGAAUUUUUUUAACAUAAAUAUACGAUUAUUAUAAAACGC